UGGUUCUAAAUGUUGUUUAUGACAAAAAGAAAUGGCGGCAUGUUCAAAGAGGUGUUGUGUUGCAUUGCAGAAGUAGAUUUCAUGGAAGAUUGUUUGUCCGAAUAAUAUUUGUUAGUUGGAUAGUUAAGAUAGAUAAUUUGAAUUGUAAAUUUUAUAUAAAUGGGUGAUAUAUCGGUAAAUGGACUUGGGAACGAUUUGCCUAAGGGAACAGAUGAAAAAUACCAUGUUGAAAUUUGUCUCCAACCGACCAGCUUAGCUGAAAGCCAUGCAGUAAAACAGCAUGUGUUAGCACUACUAAAACGACACAGAGUGGCAUACGGCGAUCUUACCUUGACAGCAUUUGACGAUGCCUUUUUACAGGAGAAUGUGAAGUCUGUUUCACUUUGUGACACAGAAUAUGGUCCAGAGAAAAAGCAAAUAUGUCUGCUAUCUAGUAACUUGGUGUUACAUGUAUAUCGCCUCAAUGACGAUGGACCGGGGACAGAGGAACUGGACGACGAAGAAGACCUAGCCGCGGCUCAUCACUGGUUACUUCCUGCCUCCGAUUUCAGUGGAUUGUGGGAUAGUUUAGUUUAUGAUGAGGAUAUCAAAAGAGGGCUUUUGAAUUAUGCAUCCACAACCUUAUUGUUUUCUGAUAAAGCCGUGGACAACAAUGUCAUAUCUUGGAACAAAGUUAUCCUCCUUCAUGGGCCUCCAGGGACUGGGAAGACCUCCCUGUGUAAAGCCCUGGCUCAGAAGCUGGUCAUAAGAAUGUCUGACCGGUACUCCUACGGUCAGCUGAUUGAAAUUAACAGCCACAGCUUAUUCUCAAAAUGGUUCUCAGAGAGUGGCAAGCUAGUAAUGAAAAUGUUUCAGAAAAUUCAAGAAUUGAUAGAUGAUCAGGAUGCCUUAGUUUUUGUCUUGAUAGAUGAGGUGGAAAGUUUGACAGCCGCCAGGAAGAGCACAAUGUCAGGAAGUGAACCGUCUGAUGCCAUCCGAGUCGUGAAUGCUCUCCUCACCCAGCUGGAUCAAAUUAAAAGGUUCCCUAAUGUGAUGAUAUUGACUACCUCUAAUGUGACCGGCGCUAUCGACCUGGCCUUCGUGGACAGGGCAGAUAUUAAGCAGUAUAUUGGACCUCCAUCUCCUGCUGCCAUAUUCAAGAUCUACCACUCCUGUAUCACAGAACUCAUGAGAGUUGGAAUCAUCUCCCCUGCUCAGCAACUGUUUGAUUUACGGACAUUGGAAGUCAUGAAGUUUAUUGAAAAAAAUGUCACAAAGCUCAGUUUACAGCUGAGAGACUUAGCAAUGCAGAGUCAGGGAUUAAGUGGAAGGACUUUAAGAAAGCUACCAUUUAUUGCACAUGCUCUCUUUGUUCAGACUUCCAGUGUAUCUCUUGAGGAAUUUCUGGAAGGUUUGAGGAAAGCUAUAGAAAGACAGUUCAGAGAGAGGAAUGACUUAUCAAAGGAUUAAAUGAGGAUACAAAAGAUUAUUUAAUCAGACUGAAUGUCCUUCAUCAUUCUGUGAUAAACCUUGUAAUUUAUCAUUAUAUAUGUCAGUGCUACUGUUUUUCUCAGGGUAGUACUUUAUUAUAAACCUUCUUUCAGUGAAAUUUGGAGGACUUGGUUUCUAUUUCUGCCUGUAUGUAAAACUUUGAUGUUUGGUAUACUUUUAUAAAUAGUUUAAAUCAAAUUUAGGUUCCAUUUAUAUUUUGGACAUUGACCAUUACCCCUGUGCAUUAUUAGACUGUAAAUCGGUACUGUUUUCUUAAAAAUACAUUAAAGCCUCCAAAAUGUAUCAGAGUACAUCUCAGUAUCAUACCCCGCAAUACCUAGCAAAUAAGAAAUUAUUAGCUUUUAUGUGCUCCUGAAAGUCUGAGAUUAAUAAUUUAUUAAUUUUAUGAAUUUACUUUUCCAUGAAACAUAAAAUACAUCAUAAACUGAUAAAGAUAAAACUUUUAGAAUAUCUAAAACUUGGUACAUUGUUGUCUUUAAUUAACAUAGUUGCUGAUUGUGUGUGUUUUGUGGACUUCUAUUUCCAUUUGAAUUAUUCUUUGCUUCAGAAGUAUUAAAACUAUGGUGCAUUUCAUUGAAAUUUUAAGCUAAAUUCCUUCUGUCUCGUAAUUUCUGUACAUUCUGACUGUUAACAUAUUCUAUAGAAAUGUGCAACA